GGCAAACAAUCAAAGCAAUACAGACAUACAGAAAAAAAAAACACAAAAGCAACAACAACAAAAAACAAGCAGGUUACACAAAGCAGGGCAUUAAGAACAUAGGGAGUCAGGGGGGAUAACAAUUUUAAAAGCACAAAGCAAGACAGAUAUUAUUUACAACAACCACAAUAAAGACACAGACUGACACUGGCAGGUAUGAACAAAGGAUACAGGCAGGAGAAAACAAAGCAGGCAACAUAAGUAUAACAGGAGGACAAACUAUAGUUGGCAACAGACAAAGACAAACCAUGGGGAUGAGUAGACAACAAAUAGCCUACGUAUUUAUCUAUAAACAUUAUAUUGUUCUCUCUUUUAUAUUAAUCUGGAAAGCUUCAUUGGUUGCCGAGUGCUGUAUAAAUCAAAAGUAGGCUAUUAUUACUAUAAUUAAAAGUGUGCGAAGACCAUUUCAUAGGCUUAGAGGUAGGCUAUACUGUUAUAAAAAAAAUGUAGCCUCGAGGCACGAAACACGAUCAUCAUAAUUUAAACCGGGAAGAAGAAGAAUUCAAUGAACAGAAACAAGCCCAUUCGUAUUCAUGUGCUUUUUUUACUCAUUAUUUUGUGGGGCCAUGGGAAAACGGCAACAAUUCGAUUUGGUACACCGUUGUGCUGUUUGGUGGGGAAUUAUUGCUAGACAUGGGCCAUAACGUGGGUCAUCAAGGGCCAUAACGUGGGUCAUGGGCCAUAACGUUUCUAUUGACUUUUUUUUCUAUUGACGAUUAUAAGGGGUUUAAUUCACCCUUUCAACUGAUCUCACACAUCCUCAUCCAGUUGCCGGGACUGACGUGACCAACGGAAUUUUAGCACACGAGUCGACUGCAUCAUGAUAAUAAUGCAGAAUCUGUCGGAGUCGUGUCUGUCAUUCUGUUAGGCAUAUGCCAUGGGAAUUCUGUGGUGAAGGGAUGUACAGUUCUCACUUAGGUCGCCGUGCGCUCGAAUGAACCACUAGAACUCACGAGCUGAGCGUCAACCCCCAGAGACCUCGAUCGGUGCGUGUCCACCAUACAUUUCAGACCUCGGAACAGUUGAAGAAAGAGUCCUUGAGAUGUUUGUUUCUUUCUACUCCGACAUGCAGAAACCGCGACACUUUCACCUGUCAAGUUACUUUCAUUAAGGGAUAAGCCUGUUUUGGGGGAAUACUUCACUAAACCAUGACACUGGUCAGUAGGAUUUAAAAGAUAUUUGUCUCUAUGGACUCCAGUGACUCAAAAGUACCGGCCCCCUAACACAGCCACCUGACUUCAGCGAUGCUGGCCAUGCAGGACCAGAACUCUUCCACCUCCUCAGUAUUGGUGCACCGCAGCAACGCCUCCACGCCCACGCCCAGCCCCAAGGGGUCCUGGAUGGUUGUGCUCAACAUGACCCUGGGCAUGGCCUCCAACAUCGUCGCCUUGGUGAUUCUGGCCAAGGCGUACGCCCGGCUACGACGGCGCUCCAAGGCCGUCUUCCUGCUAUUCGCCAGCUCCCUGGUGACCACGGACUUAUUCGGCCACGCCCUCCCGGGGGCCCUGGUCCUCAUCCUGCACUCCGCCCCAGUCUUGCCGCAUCACCUCGCCCACGCCCACUGCCAGUUCCUGGGGGGCAGCCUUGUGUUCUUCGGCCUAUGCCCGCUGUUGCUGGGCUGCUUGAUGGCAGCAGAGCGCUGCCUGGGCGUGACCCGGCCCCUGCUCCACACCGCCCUCGUCACCACGCCGCGCGCCAGGCUGGCGCUGGGUCUGGUGUGGCUGCUGGCGCUGGGCGUGGCCCUGCUGCCCUCGCUGGGCUUGGGGGCAUACGCCUCCCAGCACCCCGGGACCUGGUGCUUCAUCAGGGUGCUGGACCCAGAAGACGCCUCUGACCUUGGCUUCGUGCUGCUGUUCUCCGGGCUGGCGCUGGGCUCCCUGGCACUGGCGCUGGUCUGCAACACGGUCAGCGGGGUGGUGCUGCUGCGGGCCCGCCUACGGAGGAAGGCCUGCCCUAGCCGUGCCGCCAAGUCACAUGACAUAGAGAUGGUGGUGCAGCUGGUGGGCAUCAUGGUGGUUUCCUGUAUCUGCUGGAGCCCCCUGCUGAUAUUUGGACUGAUGUCUGUGACAAGCUCCUACGGCCAUGGCCAUGACGACCAGCAGAAGGGCUACUACCGGGGGCUUCUGGUGACGGGGCUGCGGCUGGCCAUCUGGAACCAGAUCCUCGACCCCUGGGUCUACAUCCUGCUGCGCCGAGCCGUCCUCCGGAGGAUCUACCGCAUCACCGGCCGCCAUGGCAACGCCCUCAGGAGGAGCAUCCUGCAGCGCUGGGACGUCAGCUCCUUCUACAACUCAGAGAAGAAGUGAGGGAGG